AUGCACUUGUUCGGUCAAUACCCAACAAGACAUCCUUUCGUCCGGGGAGCAAUUGAGGUUCAUUUGUCAGCAAAAAGCAACCCUUCCUGGGUGCCAGGUGGCCCCGGGCCCCCCUCCCCUCCCCCCGAGGCAUCCAGGCACAUCCAUGGUUGGACUUCUUAUUUUGCACCAGCAGUAUAUCAAAUAAAUUUGUGA